AUGUCAGGUCGCGGAAAACAGGGCGGUAAAGCUCGAGCCAAGGCCAAGACACGGUCUUCUCGAGCUGGUCUGCAGUUCCCUGUGGGCCGUGUGCAUCGCCUGCUACGCAAAGGCAACUACUCCGAGCGAGUGGGGGCCGGUGCUCCGGUGUACCUGGCAGCGGUGCUGGAAUAUUUGACUGCCGAGAUCCUGGAGCUGGCGGGCAACGCGGCUCGCGACAACAAGAAGACACGCAUCAUUCCUCGCCACUUACAGCUGGCCAUCCGUAACGAUGAGGAGCUGAACAAGCUCCUGGGCCGUGUGACAAUCGCGCAGGGCGGUGUCCUGCCUAAUAUUCAGGCUGUGUUGCUGCCCAAGAAGACCGAGAGUCAUCAUAAAGCCAAGGGAAAAUGA